AUGGAGGUGGCAUCACCACAAAGCCCUGGAGCAAAUGGGGUUGCUGCGGCUCCCUUCCCAACGAUCGACCCGGUACGCGUUGUCGAGCACCUCGUUUCUGCCUGCGAGAUAGCUCUCGGAGCAACCAGAGAAGAUCUUGAGGCUUCUGGCAGCUUGUUGCAUAAGAGCCGCUACACCGAUACGAUACAGCGUUGCAACCGAUUUGCCACGGAUGUUCAGACAACCUUGUACAUCCAAAAGGACAUAAUUCCAUCAUCGGGCAUCCAGAACGGUGACGAGGAGUCGAGUGCGUCAAGCAACCCCCCCCCCCCAGACCUGAUCAGCUUGUCACUAAUAUUCAACACCUCGCAGAAGCACCAUUCUAUACGUACACCCUCACACCUGAGAUCUCCUCUCUUCCCACAACCGUUUCGUCGCUCAGUCUCCUCAAGCGUUCGCAGCCGAUCGAUCCCGCGCUUCCCCUGUCCUCUCAACUACUUCUUACUAAUCUGCCUGGGCCCGGCUACUCUUAAUGCCACCGUUGGCGAACAGGGCCCUUCCACUUCAGCUUUCGAGAUUCUGCACUCUUACGUUCACCACGUGCUGGCCCCGUACUUCGAUGCCAAUACCAAGAGCCAACAGCUGGCAAACGGCUCACGAGGCCGUGGAGACGUCGACUCCAAGACAGGUAUCCCGGUUACGAAGAAGAGGUGGAACGAUCUGGAACUUAGUCUGCUGCAUCUGCAACAGAACGUUGAGAUCCCGGAGGUCUCGCUUAUUUUUCACCAUGUCGUCCAAGGUGCUCUUGACGAUGCCGCAUCUAGGCACUCGAAGCCAAAUCUUGAAUCGAUUCCUGCCGCGACCCUUGGCGACAGCAGCUUCCUCAACAACCUCCAGAGCAACGUCAAUAGCUGGAUUAAGUCGAUUCAAGUCAUCACAAAGAUGACCAAAGACCCAUCCGGCAACUCUGCGCAAGACUUCAAGUUUACAGCCAGUCAAGAAGUGAACUUCUGGCUGUCCAUGGAGUCGGCACUGGAGGGUAUCGAUGCACAGCUGCGUAGUGACGGAGUGACAUUGACUCUCGAUAUUCUAAAGAACGCAAAGCGUUUCCAGGCAACCGUUAGUUUUGUCGCCGACACCGGGUUGAAAGAAGCCGUGGAGAAGGUCCAAAAGUACAACCAGUUGAUGCGAGACUUUCCCCUCGACGAGCUUCUCUCUGCGACAUCUCUUUCGAAGCUCCAGGACGCCAUUGUACAGAUCUUCAGUCACUUGAACAAGAAACUGAGGAUCUGCCCCUAUCCCAUUCGAAGGGCUUUGGGGCUGGUGGAAGCAAUCUCGGCCGACCUAGACGACGUUCUUCACCGACUGCUCCCUGGCAUUGAGAUGGUGAACCUCGAUUACCAGGAAUUUAAGGGUAUCAUGAAGGCUUGCGAUGACAUCUUCCGGACGUGGGACGACAGCAUCAAAGAGUUUACAAAUGUUGCUCGUGAGGUCACGCGCAGGAGGAACGAAAGGUUCAUCCCCAUCGAAGGCAACCCGAGAUUUUUCGAACUCCAGGCGCGACUCAACUACGUCAGCACGUUUCGAGACAAUCACGAACAACUGCAGCUCACUAUUGUCAACGUCCUAGGAUCCAAGGCCACGUCUGGCGUUGCUGACGAGACUACCGUGUCGAAUGGAGCCAUCGUCAUGGAGGAGAUGGGCGAUGUGGACGCCGUUGAGGAAGUCAAACAGGCUUGGGAAGCUCUACGCAAUGUCGAUCUUCUGGAUGUGUCCGCCGAGGGUACUCAGAGAUGGGCCCGAGCGGAGAACCUCUACAAUGAGCGGACCUCGCGAGUCGAGAAUUCCAUCAUCUCACGUUUGCGUGAUCGCCUCGGAACCGCAAAGAACGCCAACGAGAUGUUCCGCGUCUUCUCCAAGUUUAACGCCCUCUUCGUACGCCCCAAGAUCAGGGGCGCCAUUGCAGAGUACCAGAAUCAGCUCAUGGAGCACGUCAAACAGGCCAUCAAUGGACUUCACGAGCGCUUCAAGCAACAGUACGGCCACUCGGAAGCCCAUGCCAUGGCCCAACUACGAGAUCUGCCUCCCGUCUCUGGUGCGAUCAUAUGGGCUCGACAGAUUGAGUUUCAACUCGACGGUUACAUGAAGAAGGUUGAAGAUGUUCUCGGUGCCGACUGGUCCCUGCACGCCGAGGGACAGAAGCUGGAAAAUGAGAGCAACCUGUUCAGGAAAAAGUUGAACACCCGGCCAAUCUUUGAGUCCUGGCUCAGCGAUGUCCAGAGGCGUCAGAUCUCUAUUUCCGGCUACCUCUUCGAUAUUCGCAGAAUCCGUUCUGCUGGUGGCACCCUCGAACUGCUUGUCAACUUUGAUCCGCAGGUCAUCACGUUGUUCAAAGAGACUCGCAACUUGAUGUGGCAGGAGUACAACAUUCCCCAUUCCAUCAACACCGUCUCAAAAGAUGCGAAACGGGUCUAUCCAUUCGCCGUCAGUCUCAUGGAGAGUGUUCGCACUUUCUCGCAGAUCACACGCCAGAUUUCCGAGAUGGGCGAAGAAGCUGUUCUAUUAUUUGGCUACCGAAACGAAGCUUAUGCGUUGGUCAACAAGGGUGUGCCGCUGCGUUGGGAAUCGUUUGUCAACACCCACGAGCUCUUCUUCUCGGGCAAGAAUAGUUCCAUUCUUCCAGCCGGCACAGAGUACGGUCUCGCAGGACGAAGCGCAGAAAGCAAACACAGUCUUUUCAUCCGCGAGUUUGCCGCUGCUGCAUCGCUGAUGCAGAGCAAGACUGCCUUCCUGACGUCGAUCCAUGUUACAAUCGAAGAUGCUUUGUCACAGCUCAGCACAUGUCCAUACGAACCAUACGCGUUUCAGUCCCGCCUCGAGACCAUCCAGAAGGCCGUUGACCAGCUGAACCUAGAGCAGUACGUCAACCUGCCCUACUGGGUCGAGAACAUGAACCAAAAGAUCAAGGAAGUGCUUCUUGGGCGUCUGCAACACGCCAUCCAGUCAUGGAUUCAGGCGUUUGAAGAUGACUAUCUUGACGACGGCCGACGUAAGAGAGCCAACGAGAGCAAUGAUGAGGCGAAACCGGAGGGCCCGACGAUCAAGCGCUUGGUCCACGAACUUACCAUGCGAAACCAAGUCAUCUACCUGGACCCGCCUCUGGAAUUUGCCAGAGCGAGCUGGUGGCUCCAACUUCUCCAGGAGAUUCGCAAGACGCGCCAGACGUUCGACACCCAGGAAGUCAGUCGUCAGUUCGGUCACACCACCAUUGAUUAUGACCAGGUUCAAACCAGAGUCAAUGCCAAGUAUGAUCAGUGGCAACACGAGAUUCUCAUGAAGUUCGCAAGCCGGCUCGGCACUCGCAUGCGCGAGGUUCAUGCCGACAUUGAGAAGGCUCGCCGUGAGCUCGAGGGCCCGCGUUUGGAUGCAUCCUCGACUGCUCAGGCUGUACAGUUCAUCACCAUUGUGCAAAGCUGCAAGCGUAACGUCAAGGCUUGGGCACCCGAGAUUGACAUGUUCAGGCAGGGACAGUCGACUCUUGUCCGGCAACGCUACCAGUUUCCCAAUGACUGGUUGCACAUUGAGCAGAUCGACAACUCUUGGGGAUCCCUGACUGAGAUCUUAGAGAAGAAGGCUAAGGUCGUUCAAGACCAAACCGACGCUCUACGUGCAAAGAUUACGGCCCAAGACAAGCACAUCAGCGACAAGAUUGCCGAGAUCACGGCUCAGUGGAACGAAGAGAAGCCUGUGUCAGGUACUAUCAAGCCCGAUCACGCCUCUGCCACUCUAGCUAGCUUUGAAACCAAGCUGUCCGAGCUACAGAACGAGUCUGAGAUGGUUGGCAAGGCGAAAGAGGCGCUCGACCUCCCCGCCAAUGUUGACAACUCUUUGGCCGCUGUUCUCGAGGAGGUUCACGACUUCCAGUCCGUCUGGUCCAAUCUUUCCACAAUCUGGUCUAGCCUCAACGAGACGAAAGAAACACUCUGGACUGCUGUCCAGCCCCGAAAGGUGCGAUCCAAGAUCGACGACCUCCUUAAGAGCACCAAGGAGAUGCCCAGCCGCAUGCGCCAGUAUGCCGCUUUCGAACAUGUCCAGUCCAUCCUUAGGGGCUAUCUCAAGGUCAACUCCCUUCUCUCUGACCUGAAGUCCGAGGCCAUUCGCGAUCGCCAUUGGACCAAGAUCUACAAGCAGAUCAGACCCGGGAAGCGGUAUUCGCCGGUGUCGUUGACACUGGGUGACGUUUGGGAUCUCAACCUCGUUGCUACAGAAGUCAUCGUCAAGGACAUCAUAGCCCAAGCUCAAGGAGAAAUGGCUCUGGAAGAGUUUUUGAAGCAGGUUCGCGAGACGUGGACCAAUUACGCACUCGAGCUCGUCAAUUACCAGAACAAAUGUCGCCUCAUUCGAGGUUGGGACGAUCUCUUCACCAAGUGCAGCGAAAACCUGAACUCUCUACAGGCCAUGAAACAUUCUCCUUACUACAAGGAGUUUGAAGAGGAAGCUUCUUCGUGGGAGGACAAGCUCAACCGCGUCCAUGUCCUUUUCGACAUCUGGAUUGAUGUGCAGCGCCAAUGGGUCUACCUGGAGGGUGUCUUCACAGGCAAUGCCGAUAUCAAGCAUCUGCUUCCCAUCGAAUCCUCACGAUUCCAAAACAUCAACAGCGAGUUCUCUACCGUCAUGAAGAAAGUCUACAAGCAGCCCUAUGUUUUGGAUGUCCUCGGCAUCGCGAACGUGCAGAAGUCCCUGGAGCGUCUCGCCGAGCUGCUCAACAAGAUCCAAAAGGCCCUUGGUGAAUACCUCGAAAAGGAGCAAAAUGGCAUGAAGUCGACUCUUGCCGAGCUUCUUGCCGACGCUAUCGCCCAGUAUACGCCCAUCUUCGAGUCUGAGAGUAUUGGCAAGCCAGUCUUGAUCGAGUUCAUGGACGCAUUCCCCAGUCAGAUAGUUGUCCUGGCUGCCCAGGCGGCUUGGACGACAGCUGUAGAACAAUCCCUUGCCGACGGAGGAGUGACGCUUCAGUCGCUCUUUGACCGGGAGGUGCAGGUGCUUCGCCAUCUUGCCGACACAGUGCUCGGGGACCUCGAAGUUAUCCAGCGCAAGAAGUGUGAGCAGCUGAUUACAGAGUGUGUUCAUCAACGGGAUUGCGUUGAGAAGCUUAUGAAGCUGAAUGCAACCACGCCGACUCACUACCUCUGGCUCUUGCAGAUGCGCUACGUAUAUACGCCAGAAGGCGACUUCCAGCAGCGUCUGCAGGUCAAGAUGGCCAAUGCCAAGCUCAACUAUGGCUUCGAGUAUCUAGGAGUGCCAGAUCGUCUCGUCCGAACCCCUCUUACCGAUCGAUGCUUCCUCACCCUUACCCAAGCUCUCGAACAACGUCUCGGUGGCUCACCGUACGGACCAGCUGGUACGGGAAAAACAGAAUCGGUUAAGGCACUCGGCUUGCAACUUGGACGUUUCACCCUCGUCUUCUGCUGUGACGACACCUUCGACUUCCAGGCCAUGGGCCGUAUCUUCCUGGGUAUUUGUCAAGUCGGUGCCUGGGGCUGCUUCGACGAGUUCAACCGCCUCGAGGAGAGAAUCCUGUCUGCCGUGUCACAGCAGAUUCAAAACAUUCAGCUUGGUCUCAAGCAAGGUGCUGAGGAUGAUAAGUCCCAGAUUGAGCUCGUUGGUCGCCAGCUCCGCGUGAACGCCAACACCGGCAUCUUCAUCACAAUGAACCCCGGAUAUGCCGGUCGUUCCAACCUGCCAGACAACCUGAAGAAGCUCUUCCGUAGCGUGGCCAUGUCCAAGCCUGACAAAGAGCUCAUCGCAGAAGUUAUGCUUUACUCUCAGGGUUUCAACCAAGCCAAGUCCCUAUCGAAGCAGACUGUGCCAUUCUUCGACAGGUGCUCGGACAAGCUGUCCAAGCAAGCGCAUUACGACUUCGGACUUCGUGCACUCAAGAGUGUUCUUGUCAGUUCUGGAGGCCUGAAGAGAGCCCGCUUGACUGGUGGUGAUGGCGUUGACGUUGUAGAGGCCGAAAUCAUCGUGCAGAGCAUUCGAGAAACGAUUGCGCCGAAGCUCAUCAAGUCCGACGUCGAAAUCAUGAUGACCGUCGAGGACGUUUGCUUCCCCGGUGUACAGUAUGUCCCGGCUAAUCUGGUGGCGCUCGAGGAAGCCAUCCGUACACUGGCCGCUGAGAGGCAGCUCGUCGUCAACGAUACAUGGAUGACGAAGGUUAUCCAGUUGUACCAGAUUCAGAACAUUCACCACGGCGUCAUGAUGGUCGGAAACUCCGGUACAGGCAAGUCUGCGGCGUGGAAGAUUUUGUUGGAUCUCUGCAAAAAGUCGAAGGCGUUGAAGGCGUACAUCAUGUCAUCGACUCCAAGUAUUCUGCGCAAAAUCGUUGACAACCUUCGUGGUGAGGAUUCGAAACGUCACUGGAUUGUUUUUGAUGGCGAUGUUGACCCUGAGUGGGUUGAGAAUCUCAACAGUGUGCUCGACGACAACAAGCUCCUGACGCUUCCCAAUGGUGAGCGUCUCAACUUGCCUUCGAACGUUCGGAUCAUGUUCGAGGUUGAAACCCUGAAGUAUGCUACACUCGCUACUGUCAGUCGUUGUGGUAUGGUAUGGUUCAGUGAAGACACUGUCUCUCCUCAGAUGAUGGUCGAGAACUACCUGAUGACCCUUCGCACCAAGCCUUUCGAGGACCUUGACGAAGACAAUGUUGCGUCGGCUCAGAGCCCGGCUAAGGCUCUCGCCCUCCAAAAUCAUGUUGCCGAUCUCCUCAACUCUCACCUUACAGGCGAAGACUUUAUUUCGUCAGCCCUUGAUGAAGCUCGGGGCUACGACCACAUUAUGGACUUCACCGUGGCACGUGUGCUGAAUACUCUCUUCUCGCUCCUCAACAAGGCAGUUCGAGACAUGAUUGAGUACAAUGCCCAGCACUCCGACUUCCCCCUUGAGCCAGAGCAAGUCGAGGCCUACGUUUCCAAGAAGCUGCUGCUUGCUCUCGUCUGGUCUCUCACUGGAGAUUGUCCGCUGAAUGACCGCAAAACCUUCGGCGACGCCGUUGCUGGUCUAGCAAGCUUCGGCUCACCGCCUCUCGAUGGUGCCAGCUCUCUCAUCGAUUUCGAUGUCUCCCUUCCCAAGGCAGAGUGGACACAGUGGCAGAACCAGGUUCCUACUAUCGAGGUCAACACUCACUCCAUCACACAGACUGAUGUGGUUAUUCCGACUCUGGAUACAGUUCGCCACGAGGAUGUGCUCUACUCCUGGCUCGCUGAGCACAAGCCCCUUCUUCUUUGCGGCCCGCCAGGUUCGGGUAAGACAAUGACGCUGUUCAGCGCUCUCCGCAAACUUCCCAACAUGGAGGUUGUGGGCCUUAACUUCUCAAGUGCUACCACUCCAGAUCUUCUGAUCAAGACCUUUGAGCAACACUGCGAAUACAAGAAGACACUGAACGGCGUGAUACUGUCGCCUACUCAGAUUGGAAGGUGGUUGGUCAUCUUCUGUGAUGAAAUCAACCUUCCUGCGCCUGAUAAGUAUGGCACGCAACGAGCCAUAUCUUUCCUUAGGCAGCUCGUCGAACAUAACGGCUUCUGGAGGACAUCUGACAAGUCAUGGGUCACGCUUGAUAGGAUUCAGUUUGUAGGUGCUUGCAACCCGCCGACCGACGCUGGCCGUACUCCAUUGGGUGACCGAUUCCUGCGACACGCCCCUCUCAUUAUGGUUGACUACCCUGGCGAGCUUUCUCUCCAGCAAAUUUACGGCACUUUCAACUCCGCCGUUCUUAAGAUCAUCCCCACGCUCCGUGGCUAUGCUGAUCAACUCACGCAAGCCAUGGUUAAGUUCUACCUCGAAUCUCAGCAACGCUUCACCCCCAAAAUCCAGCCACACUAUGUUUACAGUCCUCGUGAGCUGACACGAUGGGCCCGCGGCAUUUACGAGGCGAUACGCCCGCUGGAGAAUCUGUCUUUGGAGGGUCUUAUCCGUAUUUGGGCGCACGAAGCUCUGCGACUUUUCCAAGAUCGUCUCGUAGCCGAAGAUGAACGCCAGUGGACAGAUGAGGCAGUACGGCGCAUCGCAACCCAGUACUUCCCCAGCAUUGACGAGCAGCAGGCUCUCGGUGGGCCCAUUCUGUUCUCGAACUGGCUAUCAAAGAACUACGUCCCUGUGGACCGCGAGCAGCUUCGAGACUUCGUCAAGGCUCGUCUCAAGACAUUCUGCGAGGAAGAAGUGGACGUGCCUCUCAUUCUCUUCAACGACGUUCUGGAGCAUGUUCUUCGUAUCGAUCGUGUGUUCCGCCAGCCUCAGGGCCAUUUGAUUCUCAUCGGUGUCAGUGGAAGUGGCAAGACAACUCUCUCUCGUUUCGUAGCUUGGAUGAAUGGUCUGAAGGUCUUCCAGAUCAAGGUUCAUGGCAAAUACUCUGCUGAAGACUUCGACGAUGACCUCCGCGACGUCCUGCGGCGCUGCGGUUGCAAGGGGGAGAAGAUCUGCUUUAUCAUGGACGAGUCCAAUGUUCUCGAUUCGGGUUUCCUGGAACGGAUGAACACCCUGCUGGCCAACGCCGAGGUUCCUGGUCUCUUCGAGGGCGACGACUUUGCCGCCCUGAUGACGGCAUGCAAGGAAGGUGCUCAACGUCAAAACCUGCACCUUGAUUCUCAGGAGGAGCUUUACAAGUGGUUCACACAACAGAUUGUGAAGAACCUGCACGUCGUCUUCACCAUGAACCCACCCGAAGACGGUCUCGGUUCCAAAGCAGCCACCAGUCCAGCGCUGUUCAACCGUUGCGUGCUCAACUGGUUCGGUGACUGGUCUGAUCAGGCGCUCUUCCAAGAUCUUGAGGAGCAGCAGCGCCAUCUCAAUGUCGGUCUAGAGAAGCUCCGCGACACCGUCGACAAGAACAUCCAAGCGAUCGUGCGCAAGGACGACUUCAUUGCUAGCAUCGUCAACUUCAACAACGAGGAGAAGAUGACCAAGCCUCUGCGCGUCAAGAUGCGAAACGAAUUUCUGUCGAACCCCGAGUUCACGUUUGACAAGGUUAACCGCGCCAGUAAGGCCUGUGGUCCGCUAGUCCAAUGGGUGGAGGCGCAGGUCACUUACUCAGAGAUUCUUGAUCGUGUCGGCCCUCUGAGGAAUGAGGUAGAGCAGCUCGAAGAGCAGGCUCUACAAACGAAGGCUGAAGCCAAGGCCGUGGAAAAUACCAUCAAUGCCCUUGAAUCAAGCAUUGCGACCUACAAGACCGAGUACGCGGCGCUCAUCAGCGAGACGCAAGCCAUCAAAUCCGAGAUGGAGCGAGUACAAUUCAAGGUCGACAGGAGUGUCAGGCUCCUUGACAGUCUAUCAUCAGAGAGAGUUCGCUGGGAGGAAGGAAGCAAGUCUUUCGAGACGCAAAUCAGCACCCUCGUUGGCGACGUCCUGGUCGCCGCGGCUUUCCUCGCUUACAGCGGUCUUUAUGAUCAAACCUUCCGAAAGUCAAUGAUGGAAGACUGGCUGCACCAGCUUCAUCUUUCCGGAGUCCAGUACAAGCAACACAAUCCUGUGACCGAGUAUCUUUCCACUGCUGAUGAGCGGCUCGGCUGGCAAGAGAACAGUCUCCCCGUGGACGACCUCUGCACCGAGAAUGCCAUCAUCCUGAAGCGCUUCAACCGCUACCCUCUCAUCAUCGAUCCAUCUGGGAGAGUCACAGAGUUCCUCCAGAAAGAGAGCAAGGAUCGUCGCUUGACUGUCACUAGCUUCCUUGACGAUUCCUUCACUAAGCAGCUUGAGAGCUCUCUCAGAUUCGGUAACCCAAUCCUGAUCCAGGACGCGGACGGCCCAGAUGUGGACGAACGACGAUCAAAUCUCAUCAAGCUGCAGGGAGAGUUCACGGUGCACCUGCGCCAGCUUGAGAAGCGCCUCCUCCAAGCCCUCAACGAGUCUCGUGGCAACAUCCUUGAUGACGAUAACGUCAUUGAGACUCUGGAGACCCUCAAGACAGAGGCGGCGGAGAUCUCGGCAAAGAUCAGCAGUACUGAGGGUGUCAUGGCAGAGGUAGACGAGAUCACGCAACAGUACAGCAUUAUUGCUCGUUCCUGCAGCACUGUCUUCGCCGUGCUGGAGCAGCUGCACUACCUCAACCACUUCUACCAAUUCUCGCUUCAGUACUUCCUCGACAUUUUCCACUCUGUCCUGCGAGGUAAUCCGAACUUGGCUAAUGAGACGGACCAUAAUGUCCGCCGGGAUAUCAUCGUCAAGGACCUGUUCGUCUCUGCCUUCAAGCGAACAGCUCUGGGUCUGCUCCAACGCGAUCGUAUAACCUUAGCCAUGCUGCUUGCACAGGCCUCGCCAUACCCUAUGGACAAGGGGCUCAUCGACGUCAUCCUAGACAAGCGUGUGGAGGGCAAGGAUCUCUCCACCGAGCCAGAUGCCCGAGACGAGGCCUUUGCCAGAGCGGGCCACUUCAGCGCGCUCAAGGACAAGCUAGGCAGGGCCGCCUCUACUGACUGGGACACUUUCCUCACCGAAGAACUUGCAGAGAACUUUGUUCCCCAGAUCUGGGACGACAACACAUCGGCAAAUGACCAAGCACUGCUAUCUCUUCUGCUGGUUAAGCUUUUCCGCCUUGACCGUUUCGUUCCUGCUGCAGAGCGCUUCGUGACGCUCGUAUUUGGCUCUGACCUCUUCGAUAUUGUGGAGGAUCUUAAGGAGACUGUCACCCAGGUGCCUGCCACCAGACCUGUCGCCCUUGUCUCUAGUCCUGGCUUCGAUGCCAGCUACAAGGUCGACAACUUGGUUGAGAGAAUGCGAGUCAACUGCACCAACAUUGCCAUGGGUUCCAAUGAAGGUCUCGCCAGCGCUGACAAGGCCGUCACCACCGCCGCACAAACAGGCUCGUGGGUCUUGGUCAAAAACGUUCACCUCGCGCCGUCUUGGCUUCAAAGUCUGGAGAAACGCAUGGAUUCUCUCAACCCCCACUCGGACUUCCGGCUGUUCCUCUCGAUGGAGUCGAGUCCCAAGAUUCCCGUCAACCUCCUGCGCGCUUCUCGGGUCCUCAUGUACGAGCAGCCUGCUGGCGUAAGGGCCAAUAUGAAAGACUCGAUGUCCUCGCUCUCAACACGGUCUGCAAAGAGCCCUGUGGAACGUACCAGGCUUUACCUUUUGCUCGCUUUCCUCCACGCCGUUGUCCAGGAAGCGUCCGGCGCUAUGGCUCCCAACCUCGGUUGGAAGGGUUUCUGGGAGUUCAAUGACAGCGAUUACGAAUGCUCGGCAUUCAUCAUUGACACGUGGAUCGAACAGGCCGCCGGGACUCGCACGAACAUUGCGCCUCAAAGCAUUCCGUGGGACAUGAUUCGCUACCUCGUUACUGAGACUUACGGCGGCAAGAUCGACGACGAAGGCGACUUCCGCCAGCUCAACAGCCUCGUCGAGUCAUUCCUCACGCCUGCAGCAUAUGACAUUGGGCACAAACUUGUUGAGGGGCCUGAUGGUUCUGAGGAAGGCAGUCUGGUUGUCCCAUCCGGCACGUCUCUACCUGAGUUCACAGCCUGGAUCCACAAACUUCCCGAGCGCGAGCCGCCCACGUACCUCGGACUGCCGGCCAAUGCAGAGAAACUGCUGCUGGUUGGUCUGGGCCGCAGCCUGAUCGGGAAUCUGAAGAAGGUGAUGGACACUCUGGACGAGGGCGAGCAGCUCAUGGCUGAAGCUUAG